GAAAGCCCAACAGCAACUUGAGUCGAGAUGCAUGGGCCAACUUGAUCUAGAAAUAUGGGACCAAGCAAACCAUAGAGUAUGGGGCUUUCGCAUGACAAGAGCAACAGAAUAGAGACUCAAGGGACUAGAGUUGCCUCAAGAUCGAAAUGCCGAGUACAUUAGAAGGUUUAACGUGAGGCUAGGAGAGUAAGAGCGCUACUGGGAGGCGCCGCGAGACGGUAAUGUGGCGCGAGGGUAGAUAGGAAAGGCGAGGGUGGAUAGGAAAGGCGAGGCGGAAAGUUGGCGCGAGGGUGAAAUAGAAAUGCUAGGGGGGAAGGGGACGCGACGGAGAGAGGGGGGACGCGGUGAGGAGAGGGGACGCGGCGAGGAGGGGGGACGCGACGAGGAGAGGGGACGCGACGGAGGGAGGGGGCGCGGCGGGGAGAGGGGACGCGGCGGGAAGAGGGGAGGCGGCGGGAAGAGGGGAGGCGGCGGGAAGAGGGGAGGCGACGGAUUUUGGGAACGCCGCAGGGGGAGGUACCAGGAGGCAUGACACUGCGGCCACAGUACCUUAGGACCUGGCUUUAGGGCUCCAGGGAAAGGGCAGCACAGCAGAGCAGUGCGGCUCCAUCGCUGGCUGAAAGGCACCAGCUUGCGUAGUUGUUAUACCAGUAACGCUCUUAGAUGUUUGAUUUUACAACUCGGAUACUCAGUAUUGUGACUGUAGGGAUUUGCAUGUAACUUCCAGGUUUAGUGGAGAUGGGUAUUUGGUUACAAAUCUAGCACCAAUUGUCACCGGACAAAGUUUGUAAU